CUGUCCCGGUUCGGGGCUCUCAGUCCUAACCCUGUGCAGUUCCAGGUUGGCCCCGGCCCCUGUGCUCAGGUCUCCUCUUGGAGGCCACGGGUGUUUCUCCUGGUCCCUCCUUUCAUUCUUCCUCUUUCCCUUGCCUGGUGUUUCUAACACCUCCAGCUUCUCUCCCUUCUGCCUUCUUUCGCUCAUACUUAUUCCUCUGCCUGCCUUCCUACCUUCCCUGGUGCCCAACACCUGCCUUUGCUCCUUCCACCUGCUCCUUCUUAGGUCAUGAGAUCCACUGCCUGGGGGCCCUCAUUCCGCCACUCACUACACUAGUCAGCCUCUUGCCCUGGGCUGGGGGAUUGAUUGGUAGACAAUUUUCAAGGUGUUGUGCUGUGUUGUGUUUUCUCUGUCUUUUCUGUUUGCCUCCCCCCUUCUCCCUCCUCUCAUCUCUACCUUUUUCAAACUUAAGAGUCGUGGGUGUCCAGGAGACUCCAAGCUUGGGCGGCCUGGUGUCAGGACAAUCGGGCAGAGACUGUGGGGGUGAGGUGCCCCCCUCUGACCCUCAGUUCUUUGCGUCUGCUGGCCUUUCCUGCUCAGCCAGGACUCUUCUUGUGAGAUGGGUUAGGAUAUUUCCUUCUUCUUCCUUUCUUUCCCAUCUCCCUCUCCUCUCCUUCCCUUUCCUUUCUCCUUGAGUUAGGAAUUUAAGGUUGUCAGGACAGUGUCAUCUUUCCUAGCCUUUGCCUGGGAGAUGCUCUAAAAACAAAGAGGGGUUCUAAAAGAAACUGAAGUCAGGGAGAGAGCAGUAGUGCAGGCUUCCAAGUAGGCCCCUGGGCUGAGUACAGCUUUGCUCUCAGUUAUAGAGUCUUCUGGUCUGUCUCCCACUCCCCAUGCAGCCAGAAAGCUGGCCAGGGGGUCAGCAAAGAGAAAAAAAAAUUAUAAAAGGGAAAGAACAAAAGGAAGGCAAAUGCCAAAGCUGGAGAGAAGGGAAAAGAGAAAUCAAAAUGAGAGACAGGAAAAUUUUUAAAAUGAAAUGUUACAGAAAAACGAGGAGAAGGGGAGAAAAGAAACAGAAAAAUAGGGGGAAAGAUUACUUAAUGAAAUUCGAAUUUAUCUAAUUUAUGUCACGUCGUUAGCUUAGAAAACUAUCCUGAGAUUUUUUUUUGCAAGCUUUUUUCUAACAUAAAAUUCUAAAUAAAAAACUCCUCCCCAUUUGUAGAUUAAUAAUUAAGGAUAAUUCGUAACUUUUCGCAAGGAAACUUUUUAGACCUGGCUUGGAUCUACCCUUAGGACGAGAAAGCCAAGAAGGGAGAGCAGUGUUUUUCUGUAAGCAUAUAUUUAGCGUUUCAGGGGCAGUUUUAAAAAACAUAUCCUAGGGUAAAGUAUAUUUCCUUAAAUAAUUUUCAAGUACAGGAAAUUCGAGCCAAGGGCAUCAGGCCGCCGCGGGUCUCCCGCAAGUCGAGCAGAAAAGCCUCGUUCCUUUUCGGAGGAAGUGGAACCAGGUCCACACGCCGCGGUCUUCGCCCAGCCCUCCAGCCUCGCUGCUGCCACAGCUCUCACUCUCCUCUCUUGCCUAUUCCGCCCGGGAUCGGCCGACUCCUGGCAGCCCACCGGGAGCCACUUUGAAGCCCCAAAGGGAGCAAAGCCUAACGGAAGGUGGCCGGAGGAGUGGAGACAGCCGCCGCGCGGGCAGGCGGGCCCUGGCGGCUGAGCAGCCGCAGCCGGAGUCUGUGCGGGAGGCAGUGGCGCAUUCCAGACCCGACUCCGCGCCGGCUCGCGGCCGACCCUUAGCCCUGGACUCCCUCGGUGCCCCCUUGCCAUCUCCACACCUUAGAUUGGGGCCGAGGGGCCGGCCCCGAGCCCCGGGAGGCUGAAUUAUUCAUCUUUAAUCUGCCCGCAGCUGCCGCCUUUUCAUACCGGUAACGCGAGUUCUCUCGGGGCCUAAAUUAUUGAUGUUCGGGGGUUUGCAGGGGAGGGGAUGAGUAGUGGGGCUAGAGAUAGAAAGAUUAAAGGGUGGGGGGAUAAAAUAAGAGAUUCUAGUUUCCCUGGAAGCCCAAUCAGAGGCCUUUUCCCAGAGGUUUCGCCCAAGCUUGCUCUAAGUACCCCCAGAAGGGGACUGGAGAAGGGGAGGCGCGCCUAUGUCCCCGCUUUCUCCGAAACUUGCUUGAGGCUAACAGUGCAGAGGCUGCAGGUCGCCAGCCCAGUACAGCGCGACUCCGACACCAGAAGUCUCUGCGUUUGGAUUGCUCAGUAACUGCAGGCGCUGGUUGAUCGCUCUGGGUGCAGGAUUUCUAGACUGCUGUAGGCCAGGGAGAAUGGGGUACCGAGCAGCGCCUUCAGGCCUGGCACCGGAGGCCGCUUUGGUUCCGGGAAUGGGAGCCCGUGCAGGGUCCGGGUUGGAAACACAGUGCCUUCCUCUUGUCCAGGCGAGCAAAUGCUCUCGCCGCUCGGGUCCCUGCCGCUGCCUCGGUCUGCGGGAUCAAAGGAAUGUGGGCUGGCUUGGGUUGGCUGUACAGGGUACCCCGUGUGUCCUCAACUCGCUGGGGUGGCCGGUGAGAUGGUGGGCCUCAGUCCUGGCGCGGCAGGCGAGCGAGCCCAAGCGCCCUGCCUUCUCUGCUGCUACGGGGAGCUCUUAGCGCAGCAGACCUGGACCUCUGCCUCUUCUGCCUUCCCACCUCCACUUUAGACACAAGGGACGUGAGGGGAAAAUAUGGCUGUACCCAAGAUAGAAAUCAUAAAGAAAAACUCCCAAUAAAAACCAAACCAAACAAAAACACAAGGACAGAAAAAUUCUGAUUAAAAAUAAGUACAAGGAAAGAGAGCAAGAAGGUGUGCGUGUCAGAGAUUUAGCACUUCUCUCUCUCUGGGUCCUGAUGAAAAGUCAACUGGUCCGAAUGCACCCCUAUCACCAAAAUCACCCUCCAAGGCCUCCCUGGUACUGGCAAUUGCCCCCUUUGCCCACGGUACAGGGGGGAUACAGCUGGGUACCAGCUCCAUUCUAUGCCAGGCCCUUCUCCUCACUUUCCUACAUUCUCUCCCACUGGCAUUAAUUCUUCUUUGCUGUUUUUCUCCCUCUCCCUCCUCUUUUCUUUCAGUUUCUCCAUCCCUUCCCUCACUUUCUACCUUGCGUCGUCGUCACACUGGUCAGAGUCCCAUUCUUGCCCAGCCCUCAGCUCAGCAACUGUACUUCUGCGUCUCUACGGCUCCCUCGGGUUCCAAUUCCCAAUCCUCUGCGUUGCGGUGGGGGUCUGCCACCUGUCUCCUUGAGUUCAGAACUUGCCCUUCCUCUAUGCCUGCUCCCUUCGCACAUCCCGCACAUCCCGGGUCAUGGACCCUGACUAAUGGCCGGUCCCUGCUGUGUGUGGGGUGUUGUUUUUUUUCUUGUCUCUCCCCAGCAGGGCACGGGGGUGUGAACCAGCUCGGGGGGGUGUUUGUGAACGGCCGGCCCCUACCCGACGUGGUGAGGCAGCGCAUCGUGGAGCUGGCCCACCAGGGUGUGCGGCCCUGUGACAUCUCCCGGCAGCUGCGGGUCAGCCACGGCUGUGUCAGCAAAAUCCUGGGCAGGUACUACGAGACUGGCAGCAUCAAGCCUGGUGUGAUCGGUGGCUCCAAGCCCAAAGUGGCAACGCCCAAAGUGGUAGACAAGAUUGCUGAAUACAAGAGACAGAACCCCACUAUGUUUGCAUGGGAGAUCCGAGACCGGCUCCUGGCAGAGGGCAUCUGCGACAACGACACAGUGCCCAGCGUCUCUUCCAUCAACAGAAUCAUCCGGACCAAAGUUCAGCAGCCUUUCCAUCCAACACCAGAUGGGGCUGGGACAGGAGUGACUGCCCCUGGCCACACCAUCGUUCCCAGCACGGCCUCCCCUCCUGUCUCCAGCGCCUCCAAUGACCCAGUGGGAUCCUACUCCAUUAAUGGGAUCCUGGGGAUUCCUCGCUCCAAUGGUGAGAAGAGGAAACGUGAUGAAGUCGAGGUAUACACUGAUCCUGCCCACAUUAGAGGAGGUGGAGGUUUGCAUCUGGUCUGGACUUUAAGAGACGUGUCUGAGGGCUCAGUCCCCAAUGGAGACUCCCAGAGUGGCGUGGACAGUUUGCGGAAGCACUUGAGAGCUGACACCUUCACCCAGCAACAGCUGGAAGCUUUGGAUCGGGUGUUUGAGCGUCCUUCUUACCCUGACGUCUUCCAGGCAUCAGAGCACAUCAAAUCAGAACAGGGGAAUGAGUACUCCCUCCCAGCCCUGACCCCUGGGCUUGAUGAAGUCAAGUCGAGUCUAUCUGCAUCCACCAACCCCGAGCUGGGCAGCAACGUUUCAGGCACGCAGACAUACCCCGUUGUGACUGGUCGGGACAUGGCGAGCACCACUCUGCCUGGUUAUCCCCCUCACGUGCCCCCUACUGGCCAGGGAAGCUACCCCACCUCCACCCUGGCAGGAAUGGUGCCUGGGAGCGAGUUCUCCGGCAACCCGUACAGCCACCCUCAGUACACCGCCUACAACGAGGCUUGGAGAUUCAGCAACCCCGCCUUACUAAUGCCGCCCCCCGGGGCUCCGCCCCUGCCGCUGCUGCCGCUGCCUAUGACCGCCACUAGUUACCGCGGGGACCACAUCAAGCUUCAGGCCGACAGCUUCGGCCUCCACAUCGUCCCCGUCUGACCGCCCACCCCGGAGGGAGGGAGGACCGACGCGACGCGAUGCCUCCUGGCCACCACCCAACCCCACCCAUGUCCCAGGACCCCCACAACCCUUCACAUCACCCCGUCAAAGGCCGGACAGGACGGGUGGAGCCGCGGGCGGGAGCCUCAGGCCCGGGCCCGCAGCCCCCAACCCCGCCCACCGCCCCUCCCCGCCUGCCUGGACUGUGCGGCGAGACUCGGCCUCCCUCGACUGGCCCCGGAGCCGGCCAGCCACCCAGCAGACUCGGGCCGGGCCCGCGUGGGCGCGCGCCCCUAACAUUUCUGUGACACACAAUCAGAGCGGACUGCAGAGCAGCCCAGCCCGGGAGCAAGCCAGCCUCAGCCGCUAGGGCGCCAGGAGCUUCGCCGGAAGGGCAGGCAAAAGAAAUUAAGAACAAAACGACUUUUUACAGGAGGAAGAGCCCCUUGUCGAACCCUUUGGCAAAAUGCCCUAUCCCCUGCAGCCAGCCGUUCUGCCCCCGCCUUCUGGGUGUGCCCUGCCUAAGAAGACCAAAUGAGCGGACACGGGUCGGGCUCUAGGAACCGGCUUUGAGGACGACAGGCCUUUCCAAAGUUGGGACUCAAGAAGAGCCGGCCCCAGCAGCCCGCACCUGCGGAACCCGACAUCUGGCUCUUACCUGCUCCGCCUCGACUGCCUAGUUCCCCAGGGCCCAGCCACCUCCUACCAUCUGACCCGACUCUCAGUCCUGCCUUGCCCUUACCUCAGGCCUCCCUCUGUCCCACCUGCUGGCCUUCCAGAUUCCCCUCUUGCCCGUCCUUUGCCCAUCCCACGACGCCCUGCACUUCUCCUCCCUAACCCGCCGCCCCAUCGGACGCUCUCCCGGGCCGCCGCAGGAUCAGUUUCCGUAGGCCGGGGACACUGGUCUUCCCCAACCAGUUACUUGAUGCCCCCUCCCCCGACACAGACUCUCUCGAUCUGCCAGUGGUGGGAGCCGCUUCUGAGCUGGCGUUGAGCUGUCGCAGGUUGGAAAUGGGAGGCUGCCCACUCCUCACCACUACCUCCCAACCUCCUCCUCUGGCAGGAACUGAACAGAACCACAGAAAGUCUACAUUUAUUUAAUAUGAUGGUCUUUGCAAAAAGAAACAAAACAACACAAAAAUCCCACAGGCUGCUGCUUUGUAGAAAGACGGUGUGUGUCGUGUGAAGGCGAACCCCAGUGUAUAUAACCCCUCCCCCUCCGCCCGGUCCCGCCCCGCUCUAUAGAGUCCCGGUAGCCCGCCAACCCUGCCUGUAGAUACGCCCCGCUGUCUGUGCUGUAAGAGUCGCCGCUCGCUGGGGAGGGAGGGAGGGACACAGCUACACGCCCACUAAAGCACAGCACGUCCUGGGGGAGGGGGGCAUUUUUUAUGUUACUAAAAAAUUACGAAAGAAAUCUCUAUGCAAAAUGACAAACAUGGUCCUGUGGACUCCUCUCGCCUGUUUUGUUGGCUAAUUCUCUGUAAUUCCGCGUUUUCGCUUUUUCCUCCUGGCAUCUCUCCACUCUCUCCAUCUCUCCCGUCUGCUUCUCUCUCCCUCUGUCUCUGUCUUUCUCCGUCUCUCUUUUGUCUUUCUGUCUCUGCUCCUCCCUUGGCCUCUCUCCCCAGCCCUGCCUCGGCCGCCCUGUGGGCAGCCCUGUCCUCGCAGGCUACAUCGGAGGCAGCAGCUCCAGCCCCCUGGGCUCGAGGCCGUGCCCCGCGCCUGCUGGGCGGCCGGGCCGCCCUGUCCCGCCCCGUAGUUGCUCUCUCGGUAGCGGCGAUGCGCCCUGCAUGUCUCCUCACCCCUGGAUCGUGACGACUCGAAAUAGCAGAAACAAAGUCAAUAAAAGUGAAAAUAAAUAAAUAAAAAUCCUUGAACAAAUCCGAAAA